GCUGAUACCUGAACAGCCUCACCUCAAAUUUACCUGACAGACGUUAAUUAACUCCAUCAUCCUGCAUACUCCUCAUCAUCUUCAUCAUGAAGGCCUUCCUGGUCCUCUCAGUUUUGCUCACUGAUGUUCUUGCUAUCACGGCUGCUGCAGAUGGAGCUGUUGAAGCUGCACCACAGGGGCUGCAGGAGGACAACCAGGUGGUAGAAAAUGAAGUUACAAUGUUUGUUCCUGAAGAGGAAGGGUCUGAAAUGUUUUCUCCUGGAAAGACAGCUUCAUCACCUGAAGGUCGCUUCUUCACUUGUCCCUCUGGUUGGGUCAGAUACAGGAAUAGUUGCUAUCUGUAUGUGAGCUCUAGCAGAUCCUGGAGCAGUGCUGCAGCCCACUGCACCAGUCUGGGAGCCUCCUUGGCUUCAGUCCAUAACGUGUUUGAUUAUAGUUUCCUGCAGGAGCUGACUAGGAGGUCAGGAAGCUCUGUUGCCUGGAUUGGAGGAUUCUACUUCCAGGGCUGGAGGUGGGUGGACCAGAGCUCCUUCAGCUACAACUAUUGGAGCUCACAGAAUACUGUCAGCCGCUACCAGUGCAUCCAUCUUAAUGCCAGGGCGGGCUGGUCCAAUAAUAACUGCAGUAAUGGAUGGUCGUCCAUUUGUAUGAAGAGAACUGAUACCUGCUAAAUGUGACAGCAGGCAGAGCUGUGUGUACUGAUCUGACUCAUAAUCUUUAGAAUGUGAUGGAGGACAUUUGGAGUGUUAGCAUACAAAACCUUGCUUUGAUUUUAGGAAAAAGAAUAUGACAAUCCUAUCACAGGAGUUUGCUGAUUUAGUGCUGUGUUUCAUCAGUGACAGACUUUUUUAUGCUGUACAUGUGAAAGAAAAUGCUUCUUCUUUCUUGCUGCUACAAAAUCAGAUUGUAAAGAGGCCAAAGACUUCGCUCAGGUGUUUUAUUUUUAUUUUUUACUUUGGAAUACAUGUUUGCAGAGGUAAAAUGUUUAUCAG